AUGAAGAUAGUCGUGAGUCCACCCCAAAAACUCCAGGUCGGGCAGGCCAUGCCUUAUCCUAUUGUGAUUGAUACGGAGUUUGGGGCAUACGAUUGGAUACAGCUCUUUCCAGCAGGCGAGCGCAACCUGCCUUCCCGGCUAUUGUGCGGUUCAUUGGCAGAAUCUCUCAUUUCAUUGGGUGAUCAGACUUCGACCAGCUCCCUUCCGAGAAGCUAUGCCAUUUUUCACAAUAUUGCCUUCACGUCUAGAGGAAAGUUUCGAAUCCUAAUUACGGGUAUGACAAUGGACUAUCAAUCGCCUGGUGCAGAAUGUGUUAUGGGUGAGCAAAUUCAUACGGAGCAGAUCGAAGUCAUUGAAGAGGUUGUUAAACCACACCAACUCUCCAAGGAAGAGCAAACUCUACUCACAAAGAUUGCACAAUUUCAAGAUGUGGACGUACAUGAGGAGGCACCCAAUCAGGAUGAGUCUCUUGAUGGCAAGAUUACCGUAGCGGGUGGGUCGUGA